AUGCUCUCACCAUUGAAGGAGGAGGCUGUGGGUGCGCCUCUUGUGCCUGCUGGUUCUGGGCUGGACUUGCCCUCCGAGUAUCAGAGCUUUGAGGAUAUCAUUGGCUUACUAAUUUUUGGUUUUUGGUCGGAAUCAGCUUGUGACAAGCCAGGAGCAGUGUGCCAGGACCCACGACUCAUUGGCGGAGAUGGGAUCAUGUUUUACUUUCACGGCAGGAAAGACAAGGACUUCUGCUUAGUGUCCGAUCCUACACUCCAUAUUAAUGCUCAUUUCAUUGGGAAGAAAAGCAAGAAAGGAAGAGAUUUCACUUCGGUCCACUCGAUUGGGAUCUUGUUUGGGCAUCAUCAAUUCUACCUAGAAGGAAGAACUGUUUUGAAAUGGCAGGAAUCAACUGAAAACAUGCUGAUCCAUUUGAAUGGAGAAUUUAUCGUGUUGCCAAAUGGAGAGGGUAAAACAUGGAAAUCACCCGAAACAGGAUUAGGAAUCAAGGGUUCAUGGUUACAUGUGACAGAAGAGGAUUGCUUUGCGCAUUUGGAGCUGAAUUUCAAGUUUGAGUCCAUAAGCAAGACGGUGGAUGGAGUUUUGGGGCAGACCUAUAGACAAAAUUAUCAAAGUCGAGUCAAAAUGGCCACUCCGAUGCCAGUCAUGGGUGGGGCAGAGAAGUUUGCUUCUUCUCAUCUGUUUGCCACUGACUGCUCGGCAUCAAAGUUCGGGUUAAGGAAAGAGGAAGAUGGAGAUGGAGUGGCGUUGAGGGUCGAAAGUGGAAGUAGUAUUGAGGGGAAGGGUAUUUUGUGCCAGAGGUGA